CAGUUCAGGGUGAAGGUACACCUUCAGCAGAGCACCAGCACAAAGCACUGGCAAGUUAUGGAAAGUUUGUAAAAACUUUAUUUAAGGCACUUCCUUGACACGCUCAGCUGUGUGACUGGAGACCGGGGUGGCUAACUGGAAUUGAAUUGAAAACAAAGAAAAACAACGAGGGAAAUGUCCAUUAGUCGAAAGAACUGGUCAGCUCUGUCCAGUCUGACGAGACAGUGGACCGUGGAGGAUGAGGAGGAGGUGGAGCGGGAGAGAAGACGAAGGAUUCGCAGUACCAGCACCACCUCCGAGCCCCCCGACAGCAGCUCCAAUGAACCCGGGGAGCAGAAACCACACAGUGCUCAGGAUAAAGAGAAACCGGAAGAGGCUGAUCCAGAAAACCUUGCGUUCCUGGAGAUGCUGAAGACACGCGAUGAGCGCAGGAAGAAGAGGCAUCUGGAGACCCUGAUGAGACAGAAGGAGGGGGUGGAGGAGUGCCAGCCCAGCACCCCUGAGCCAGAGAGAGAGGGGCAGGGAGGCAGGGUGGAGGCUGAGGGAGAGGGGCAGAGAGGCAGGGUGGAGGCUGAGGGAGAGGGGCAGAGAGGCAGAGUUGUCAUCGAGAGCAAAGCCCAGAGAGAGGGACAGGGAGGCAGGGUGGCAGUCGAGAGCAAAGCCCAGAGAGAGGGACAGGGAGGCAGGCUGGACACAGAGGCUCAGAAAGACUCCAUGGGAGGGGUUCAGUGGGAGUUAAGGAACUCCACAGGACGAGGCAAAUUCAGGAUUGAAGGUGCUGGAACAGAAACUGCGACGAACCAAGAACCAGUAACAACACCGACAAAAUCUCCCCCCGGGAAAUUCGUGAGUUCCCUGUCCAUUUCCCUCGAUAAGAGUCAGGAGUUCCCAGCUGAGACUAAGAAUCUCUCCUCCCCUACCAGCCCCGCCUCCUCCACCACCCCCGUGGGUACCAGACCCUCACCGAGAGAGAGGAGGGUCAGGACUGAGGGGGCUGCAGUGGAGGAUGUGCAGAUGAGACAUCCCCCUUCCAGAGCCACCUCUUUCAGGGUAACGUCAAGAUCCGAGGACCCCCCCUCACGGUUUAACAGGAGCUCCAGUCUCAGGAUCCCCUCCAGAACCAAAGAAGAAAAGAUGAAGAGAUUAUCAAAGCAAGAGACUACACUUGAUGGGGAAUCUACCCCACCUUUCCAGAGGAACUCCAAGCUAAGAAUCUCUUCUCGGACCAUUGAAGAAAAGCUGGAGAGGUUGGCCAUGGCAGCACAGAAAUCGGAGCAGGUGAAAUCUCCCACUGCAUCUCGUAAAGACUGCUUCCUGUUUGCGGAUGAGGUAGCAAGAAAACGGGGAGUGUUUGAAAGAGAGGCGACGAGCGUGGAGAGAAACAGCGGCACCAGCAGGAAGGACAACCUGGACUUCUCAACUGGGAUCUCAGAGCGAAUCAACCGCUGGAUCAGCAAAACACAGAGGUCUGAGAAAUCUCCUGGUCCCACGGACUUGAGGAAGGUGGACAUCUCCAGCAAGCGCAACCUGUGGAAGAACAGAUCCGAGAGCUCCUCUGCUUCUCCCUCAAAGAGAUAGAGUGACCCUAAGAGGUUCUGCAAACCAACAACUCCUUCAAAAAGUGAAGAAAACAUGUGAAGUCAAGAAAAGCAUUUAUUGCAAGGGGUAUUCGUAAAGAUCAUUUUAUCAUUGUUUUCUGGGUUAUUUUAGUGUAUGGUAAAGAGCUAUUUUACAUGACUGAUCGUUUUUUUCUGAUAAUAUUUUUAAUGUAGGUUCAUUCUGAAGUGAGUGGACAUUUUCACACGCUGAUUUUCAGAUUAUAAAAACUCCAAAUGAAAUGAUAAACAAAGAGAAGAAGCUUCCUGCUCUUUUGUUGAUUCUGACAGACAUUCAAAACGUGUUUUUCCCUGUUUUACCCAAGAUGUUUGUAUUAUUUCAAAAUAAAAGUUAUUUUCUGUAGUUGAA